AUGUCAUCCAAUGAUCUCUUUAACCGUGGCUCGAGCCAUUCUACCCCAUUCUCGCGUGCCCUUUUUGUCCUCUGCCGGGCUCUAGACCUUCCAGUUGAAUAUGUCAUCCUCCUAGGUGGUACACCCCACCGCACUAUCUUAUUAGCCAUGGCCCUAAUCUCAUUCAUCAAACACACCCACUGGGCCACUCGGAUCUCACAAGAAUCUAUGUCUCCCAGAGCUGCACUAUUCACAGGAAUUGCCCAUUCAUUUGGGAAUUUGCUUAAUACAGUGUUGUUUAUCGCAACGUCCAGAGACGGAGACGGAUUGCCUGUACAUACGAUCAUUGGCAUGGCCAUAUUCAUUCUCGGCAUCUUGGUCGAAUGGGGCUCCGAAAUCCAAAGACUGCGGUUCAAGAAAGAUGUGAAGAACAGAGGACGUGUGUAUACUAAAGGACUUUUUGGUCUCACCAGGCACAUCAACUACACCGGAUAUCUCUUCUGGAGAACAGGUUUCGCUCUGGCUGCUGCCGGGUGGAUAUGGGCUUUGGUAACAUGUGGUUUAGGGGCAUAUAAGUGUUUGACCAGUAUCAUUCCUGAGCUUGAUGAGUACUGUGAAAAGAAGUAUACCAAUCAAUGGACGAAAUACAAGGAAGAUGUUCCGUAUAAACUCUUUCCGUUUAUCCUCUAA